AGCUCACCUCAUUUUUUUUUCUAGAUUCAUAUCAGUGUUAUAGCUACCGAUAAUGAAGCAGAUUGAGUGAUUAAACUUCUUUUGUUAAUUAUGAAUUACAUGUAUAUUUGUAGACUGAAAGAAAGUGUUAUUUUGAAUUUUCUUAUAUUACUUGAUACCCCACAAAUUCAUGACUGACAUAUACGUGAUGAACCACAAAUCCAGCUCAAAAAAGUGCUCUUAAGAUGUAAAGUGGGUUCGUGAAUAUACGUAAGCGUGAAUGUUGCUAGCACAUCACAGUAUUGUUUUAAGGCUUAGGUUCAUAAGAUGGCUUCACGGCCUGACGUUUCACGGGCCCGCUUAUGCGAGAAUCUGAAGUCCGUCGCCCAAGUAACACCUGAGGAAAUAGCAGCCCCGACGCGAGCAAUAGUUCAACGAGUCCUUGCGGAUUUUGCCACUAACGCUCUUAUGAUCAGGGAUGAGGCACUCAGCCUGCCUCUAGCGUGCAAUCUAGAGAACCAUAAUCCAAAUUCCAUUGUAACCAGUUUUGCCGUAAAUAGGAUGAUCUUGAUGAAACAGAUUCUAAAAUUACUAAGCAAGAGGUCGGCGCAGUUCACGUUGAUGGACAUCAUCAAACCAGAUACAAAGAAGUUCGAGAAAAUGGUACAGCAGAUGCUCAUGUACUUGUACCAUUCUGAUCGGGUGUUUGAAAUUGUGGAACAAGUCUGUUUAGAUCUUGACGAGAAGGGCGCCCAAGUUCAGAGAGAACGCGAAACUCUCGAUUGCGAAAGGAAUGAACUCAAUGUCGCCGUUCAGCGACUGAAGGUGCUAGAGGAACUGCGUGUCGCCGAAGCUCUUGCUGAGACUAGUGAAAGAAAGGAGAAAAUGGAUAAGGAGUCUGGUGUAGCUAAAAUAGCUUACGAGAAACUUAAGGAACAAGUGAAAGACGCGGCUAACGAAAUUGACGGACUUAAGGCUGAGCUGGAACGGCGCCUAGAGCGACUGACUGAUCUACGUGCAUCGAUUGUUGAGGAUCCCGACACGUGUGUAGCGAAGCUUCAUGAGCUUCGAGAGGAAGUUUCGCUUCAUAAAGAGCAAGUUGAAUCAAAAGAACAUGCCCUCUUCGAAGCAACGGAACAUUUACAGUUGCUCCAGGACGCUCUCGAGCGAUCAAAGGCAAUACACAAGCAAGCCUUAAUGGCUGCAAGUGCGCAUGAAGAACUCGCUCAGAGCGAAAAAGAACGUGAGCGUAGUACGGCAGCCCAAGCGAGAACCCUACUUGAGCUUGAAUCCCAACUAGGGGAGCUAAAAGCCCUAGUUGAGGCCCGAAAGCAUCAGUUCGAAAAGAUUCAGGAAGAAGACCGUGAAGUUCGAGAGUCGUUGCUGGCGCUCGAGGAAACUGAACAGCAGCUAAAAGAACAACGUGAGAAGGCCGAAACCCGUCGACGUCAUUUGUUAAAUGAGACGACAAAAGUGGCCGGUAUCAUUGAGAACGUGCAGCGUACGACAGUAACCAUGAAAAAGAACGUCAUGUGUCAACUAAUCGAAGGCCAUGGUGAACAAAUGAAAAUUUGGAAAGAUCACGUUAACGCAAUGGCCGAUUUUUCGAAGGCGUGUCGAAUUGCUGAUGAUCAGAUUGAAGCUCGCCACGCGCAAUUGACCGCUUUGUCCGAAACUAUCGAGCGAGUCGCGUCGACAGGCACUACCCACAAUUAAAACCCCUCACGUGUUAAUUCUCACGACGAAGAGCGACAUGCAGACUAAUAAAUCAGACCUACCUUGUCCGUUCAUGUGGGUAGAAAGUAAGAUCCGGCAUGUGCCUGUGACUGGAACUAGCUCUAGCAUAUCUGUAAGAUUUAUGCUAGAAACAAAAUGUCGUAUAUACAGUUUAUUUUGUUAAUACGUAAACUGUGUCAAUAAUAGCUAUCAUUUACGGUGAGUUUCUGGCCCAUAUCUUGCAAAAAGUCAAUUCUAUGUUCUAUUCACAAAGGUGUACUUGAUUCAGUCUAUGUAUUGCAAACCGUAUCAGUGAACUAAACUUAAGGUAAUUAGUUUAUAAUAAAUAUUUUUAUUACAAGUGCCAUCUGCUUUAUGUUAAAACAACAAAACUGUAAGACAACUAAUUCGAAGUGAUUUCUGCUUUUCCGGUAAUAAAAUUCUGAAGGUUACUUAUUAUGCUGUCUGUAGGUUUCUCCAAGGAACUUAUGAAACAUAUAUACAGUUAUUUACUUAUAGUAUUUUUUAUGUUCCUUGUAAUCGAUUUUUGGUUAUAAUAUUUGCUAACGCUAUGAUUAGACAAUUGCAGUUUGAUAUUUCGCUUCUAGAUACCGGAUGGCCUCUUAUAGGAUGACUGCAGCGUUCCUUUUUUAGUUAGACCUACUCGCAACGAUGUAAAGAGUGUGCCUAUCUAUUCUUGGAGUCAAAGUAUCGCUAACUAAUAGUAGAAAAGAACAAAUUGGAAACAGUAAAAAUUAUUGGAAUGUUGACGCAAAUACUAUGUGGUUGAAUAGCACAGGAUAAUAUAUGUAAAGGUUUUGAAAAAACAUUUCGACGAAACCCACAACAUGAAUUCGCUAUAAGGAAGGCGAAAGUAAACCAAAGCUUUUCGGGAAAGAGGGCCAGGGUUGACUCCAAUACUCACUGCUAUCGCCCAAACAACAAAGGUGAGAUUCAGGCCAAAUUUAAUCUAGAAAUUCAGCUUGGGUUCACUAGUAGUUUCACCAUAAAGCGAACUAAUUAACUCUAUUAUUUACUCUUUACGGGGGUUGUGCUGUUUGCGCGCUUAACGUUUUGAAGUUUUUCUCUAGGGAUGCUGCACCUGCGUCGUCGCCUGCUUCGAUAACAAAGGUGCAGUUAUAAGAAAGUAGAGAGUCGAUAUUGGAAGAGGUGGGCUAAUAUAUGUACCAUUAUUUUCUUCAGUGUGUUGUUUAAGUUCUAUUCAUAUUUUUUAUUUUUUAAGUUUAUUCAAGUUCCUAUACAUGAUAAGCGUCAACACAGAAUAACUUCCAUGUGUUGCUAAACGAAGUUUGUUAAAUACGUGAUUACGAUGAGAUUAUGCAUAGUUUAUUCUUCGAGUGCGCUAUUUGCUGGCACAUAGCCAGCGUAAUAAAAUGGUUAACGAAAUCUGUCACAAUAUCAUAACAAUUCAUUUUGUUGUUAUCUAAAUCAAAAUUUACACCUUAUGUUAUAUUCAUAUUUUCUAUUUGCUUUUUGCUUUUAGGGGGACAUCUUCUGUUUUGGACUUUGUAAAAUGCAAGUAUUGCUCGCUUCAAGCAAAAUUUUCCUUGAAAGUAGCCGCAGAAUUUUAUCUGACCAGCCGAAUUUUCAUCGGAUGUGAACAUAAUUGCUUACGUUAAAUUGACAUAGCGUUGCGGAGCAGAGCGUACUGCCGUACUCGGGCAAAAUGCAUCUUCGGUUUGUCCCUGCGCUAUUAUUGUUCUCCAAGAUUGACACGGCCGCUGCCGCGCUCCAUACUAUUGAAGAGAUUUGUUGCGAUAACACAUCAUCCCUAAUCGGUCAAACCGCAAACCCGAGCUGAGGUGCGAUCCUAACCGCAGAUGCCGUCGUGAGCUUUGUUGGGUUUUAUCAGAUGUUGGGAUGGGCUUGUACUAGUUUGUCGAGUGCCGUUGGAGGCAGCUUAGUUAUCGAUCGAGUCCGAUGAGGAGCAAUGGAGGCAAUAGGAGGGCCGUCCUGUUCAAGGUGAUUGGUGGACGGAGGUGAUCAAAUCUAAUGAAUACUAGUUCAGUGUUAGACCGUAGUUUCAUAGUAUGCAUUCAUUGUGGUUUGCAUAAUAGCCUAAACUAGGCUGUUAUGCGACCACCUGCAAUGCAUGACGCCAUUUAUAAAGCACUCAUUUUAGGUACAUCGAUAAGUAUGGCACUGAAUGAAAAUAUAUUUUUCUGGUAAUAUAUAUAUUUAUUUGCCAAUAUAAGAGUUGACGUUUCCAGAAGCCCCUUUAUAUUAUAGUUAUGUGGAAACUGCUUAUCGUAUUGGUUCACCUACUCAGACAAAAGAUAAAUAACACGCAUUGCAUACUUAAUUAUAGUAAAAGUAAGGUAGAGCUUCUUGUAAGCUCACUUGAUCUCAA